AUGGAGGAGGGUGCGAAAAUAUUGGGGAAGUCUCGAUGGAUAUUCCCGGUGUUUAUGACGGGUUGGCGAAACAAUGGUCUCAAUGUAGACGACCUCUUCCGGUGCUCCCGACACGACGAGUCACAACGGAUUGUCCAGGAGCUUGAAAAGCACUGGAAUAAUGAACGUCAAAAAAAGUCAUCCAAAUUCUGGAGCGCAUUAGUUAUGGCAUUCGGGAAGUACUAUAUACCGCCACUCACUUUAUUAAUAUUGGGGGAAUGCGUUUGUCGUAUAUGUCAGCCCCUGCUACUAGGCGUAGUGAUAGACCAUUUUAACAAGGUCGAAAAUCGCACCUUUAAGCAAGCAUGCGUGGCCGCCGGGGGAGUAUGUUUUUGUACGGCCUUGUUCAUAUUGCUGUACCAAUCGGCCACCAUUAUAGUCAUGCGAAUGGGUAUGAGAUUACGCGCCGCUUCCUCUACUCUUAUUUAUAAGAAGUCUCUUAAACUGAGCCGGGCAUCUCUGGCCAAAACCACAGUGGGCCACAUUGUGAACCUAAUGUCUAAUGAUGUCAGUCGAUUUGAUGAGUUUUCAACAAAUGUCUGUUAUUUACUCGUAGCGCCCAUACAGACUGGGGUCGCCGUAUAUAUCAUUUAUACGGAGAUCGGUUACUAUUGCUUCGUAGGUUUGGCCCUUUUAUUGCUGUUUAUACUGUUUCAGGCAUUUAUGGGCAAACUUUUCUCGAAAGUCAGGUUUGAGUGGAAUUUGUGA